CCUUAUCUCUCUGCCGCCUUUUAUUCUCUCAUCCCCCUUUCACUUUCGUUCCGUAUAGCCAAAGAGGUGGCGGGAAACACAACUUUCAAUAGAGAAAUGCGCGCAUUUUAUAGCACUAAAACAUUUAGUACUAAACCCCAUGCCUCAAAUAUGCCGAUAUUUACCUCAUCUUGCCAUCCUCGCCAUCCUCGCUUAAAUUCGCAUUCACCUCUUCACAAACAGUCAAACUCACGUGCAGGACUAACAGAAGUUGGGUAUUCUUGCUCUCCCCCAGAUCCUUUCUCUUCUUCCUUUCUCUCAUCUCUUCUUUACCUUAUGGGACUGAAACCUCUGCGUUUUGAACCAUAAAACUCUUAAGAAUCCAGCCAACCACUGUUGUU